AUGUUGAAACUGAACAAUGGAUUUGAAAUACCUAUAGUUGGUCUAGGUACUUAUGCGCGCAAAGCAGAACCUGGGCAGUAUCGCCAGGCCGUUGAAUGGGGCAUAGUAGCAGGCUACAGGCAUAUUGACACUGCAUCUUGUUAUAAUAAUGAAAAAGAAGUAGGAGAGGCAAUAAAUAAUAAAAUUAAGCAAGGCAUAGUCACAAGAGAGGAUUUAUUUAUUACUACUAAGUUAUGGAAUGAUCGACAUGCUGAGAAAGAUGUGGUGCCAGCAUUGAAGGAAUCACUAACAAAGCUUAAUCUUAACUAUGUUGAUCUGUAUCUCAUUCAUUGGCCAGUAUCUGUGAAUGAAAAUGGUGAAGACGAAGGAAUAGAGCACGCAGAGACUUGGAGAGGAAUGGAAAAAACAGUGGAACUUGGUCUCGCUCGUUCUAUAGGCGUUUCCAAUUUUAACGCGCAGCAGUUAGACCGACUGAUGGCAACUGCCACUAUCAAACCUGUUGUCAAUCAAUUUGAGAUAAACCCUACUCUAACUGAGCAUGAACUGGUCAACUAUUGUAAAAAAAUGUCAGUGGUCCCCGUAGCUUACACUCCAUUAGGUCUUAUUUCGGAAGCAAGACCCGAAUUUAUAGGCAAGGACAUAAUUAAAACUGAUCCGAAGCUGGGGCAAAUUGCAGACAAAUACAGGAAGAGCCGCGCUCAAGUUGCUUUACGGUACCUGACACAACGCGGUAUUGUUGUUGUGCCGAAGUCGUUUACAAAAUCGAGAAUCGAGGAGAACAUAAACAUAUUCGAUUUUGAUUUGACGGAAGAGGAAAUGAAGAUAGUGGACAGUUAUAACAUUAAUCACAGAUGUGUACCUGGUGCUGCCUUUAAAAACUUUAAAAACUAUCCUUUUUAG